GGUUUCUCACGGACGCGGAUACACACAAACCCACGGAAGUUUAACCCGGCACCAACCAUAUAAACCUCGCGCAUCUUAACGUUUAUUUUUCAUUUAUAAGUGACGUCACAGAGAGAAUCGAGCUUCAAUGUUUCCAGAAUCUUCUAACGUUACUUGGUACAGCUAUGAGGAUUGUAAGGUCACAGCUGAUUGGCUGUUAUCUUACACUUCAGUGCGUCCUCUAGUGGGAAUCGUGUGUGGUUCAGGUCUCGGUGGACUGGCAGAUAUGCUGAAAGAUCAGCAGGUCAUAAACUACAACGAUAUCCCAAACUUCCCUCAAAGCACCGUGCAUGGCCAUGCUGGAAAGUUGGUGUUUGGUACUCUUAAAGGAAAGGCUUGUGUGUGCAUGCAGGGCCGGUUUCAUCUCUAUGAAGGAUACCCCAUUCAAAAGACCACGAUGCCUAUCAGGGUGUUCAAGCUGAUGGGUGUACAGACGAUGAUCCUGACCAAUGCUGCUGGUGGACUGAAUCAGGAUUUUACAGUGGGUGACAUCAUGGUUAUUAAAGAUCAUAUCAACAUUCCAGGCUUCGCUGGGAACAACCCACUAGUGGGACCCAAUGACGAGAGGUUUGGGGUGAGGUUCCCGUGUAUGUCAGAUGCUUAUGACCGCGGACUGCAGCAGCUGGCUCACGAUGUCGCAGCUGAAUUGGGCUUCUCUGCGUUCAUGAGGGAGGGCGUGUACAGCGUUUUGGGUGGGCCGUCCUUUGAGACCAUCGCCGAAUGCAGAAUGCUCCGCCUCCUCGGUGCUGAUGCUGUGGGCAUGAGCACCGUUCCUGAGGUCAUCAUUGCACGUCACUGUGGAAUGCGAGUUUUCGCUCUGUCCCUCAUUACCAAUCAGGCGGUCAUGGAUUAUGACAGCGAGAAGAAGGCCAAUCACGAGGAGGUUCUGGAGACAGGCAAACAAAGAGCCAAGGACCUGGAGAAACUCGUGUCUACUAUGGUUUCUCGCGUUGAGCUCGACAACAAUACAUUGCAGUAAAGCUUUUAGUGUACCAUCAUAUAUAAACUCACACAUGACUCACACGCAUCCACAUCCAAACCACAGACCCGAAACAUACUGUACGCAAGUACAUCUCCGGUACUGCAACAAGAGUCACUAAAGCAGAAUUACUGUAAAACCUCUAAAGACGCUGGUGUGCAUAGUUGCAAAACAAGAAAAAAAAACACUUAAAUGCACCGAAUGUCAUUAUCCUCUUGACGUCGUAAUUACAAGGUGUUCACGUCCACAUUUUUGUACUUGCGUAAAGUAUGUUUCGACAGAGGUAAUGUGCAUCAUGCUGGCCAGAGGUAUUUAGUGACAUCAAUGUUAAUCAUAGAGUCUUUACACUUGGCCUUUAACUUUAAAUGUUUACAUUCUGAAAACAAAAUGUUUUAGAGAACUGUAACUUAAAUGUCUUAAGUAUGUAAUAUAACACUGAUAUGGUAAUUGGGGAGAUUUUAUUAUCGAGCACUGCUGUUUCAGUCAGGGAUUACUAUUCAGUGUUUAUUUAUUGUCUUAAAGUUAUUUAUUUCAAAUAAGUUAAACUUGGGAAAGAAAACAGAAUUUAAAGGGGUCGUGAGCUAAGAAUUCUCCUCAGUAAAGGGGCGGUCACACUACACUUUUCAUUCCAUUGACUUCUAUUGAUACGCAUGCGUGAGACCAGAAACAUAUUUAGCAUUUCGUUGCGUUCCAAAGUUGAAGUCUUGUGAACUCUGACCUGUAAAACCUGCGUUACCUCCCUCUACUGAAAAAAAAGAUAGACGAAGCGUUCCUGGACCAUAAUCGUAGUUUAUUUGCAUGGUCAAACUCUAGUGUGACCACCCCAACAAAUGGUCAGUAUGCUAUAAAAAUACUCUGUAGGUUUUAAAACUUAACACUUCCUUGUUAUUUCAAAAACAGCUUUUAUUUCAACCAACAUCAAUACGACUCGUAUAUAUGUUUUCAGUGGCGGCACGAUGUCAAGCUUGUCAAAACAUGUAUUUAGCCCAUCAUGUGUGUGGCUCGUCAUGUCAAAAUAUGUGUUGGGUGCGUCAUGUGAACCUAUGUGCAUCAAGCGUCAUGUUAAAAUACGUGCCUGCCACUGACAAUUCAAAGGGGUUUAUGAUAAAAGAGACGCUUAUGUUUGCCAGAUACUCGCUUAAUUUCAUGUGUAAUCAGAGUUUAGUGUUAAGUUAGUGUCUUGCUAGUAUUUUGUGAACGUGAGCGUCUCUUUUAUCAUAAACCCUUCUGACGCAUCUGCAGCAGGCACGCAUGAUGCACAUGGUUCACAUGAUGCAACGAAGACAUAUUUUGACACAUGACACGGGUAAACACAUAUUUGAAAUUCGCACCCCUCAGAAGAGAAAUCACAGGCCGCCACUGUACGAUUUAAAAUGUGUGCUAUUAUGACAUCAUAGUAAUGCGAAAUACAUGUAAGAAUAUAAAUGCCUCAUGCAAUUCCAAACAUGCACAGAUGGGGCUUUAAAACUUUUUUAUAUAUGCAACAGUGUUACACAAUAUUAGCAGAGGGCGAUUACUUCAAAGUCGGUAGAAUAGAAUAAAGCUUUUUAUUUACAAAUGAUGACUUUUUUAGGUAAAAAUCUUUCUAAUGCUAUUAGUGGACCAAAGAGAAGUGUACAAAAUAAUCAAAUAAGCCAGUCCAUGACCCCUUUGUUUCUCUUUAAAAAAAUUAUUUAAAUAAUGAAAUAUUUAGAAAAAACCUGUAUGUGUACUGUUAACUGAAGAAACUGUUACUGGGACUUAAAGAUGAAUAUAUUUAUGUUACUUAUUUAUAAAGGCAGUCUUAAAGGGUGUGGUUUAAAAGUAAAUUAAGGUAAAGUGUUGAAUUUGCAAUUGGUAAUCUUUAGGUGAUGUUUUAUUUGUGGGUUUUAAAUGGGAAACUGUUGCUCUUUUACUGAAUUUUACGUGUUAGAAGUGGAAAUGUUUUAGCCCUUUCCCCAAAAUCUUUUUUAUUUUAUUUUUAUUUAGAGUGAAUGGUGAAAUUGCACUUCAACCUUUGUGGCACAUUUUUAUUUCCAUGAUCUCCAGCUUAAAUGAAAUAAAAACUUUGCUGCUA